AUGGCGCCGCAGAAAAGAAAGCCAGUCGAUGACGAUUUCAUCACGACACUUUCCGACAACGACGAGGAUCCCUUCAAAGAGGAAGAUGCCCCCGUUCGCCCACCCAAAAAGAAGACCAAGACCAGCAAAAAGCCGAAAAAGGCUGGCAAAGACGAUGAGGCAUCUGACGAAGAGGAGCCUCAGGGCAUCUGGGGCCCCAAGGAUGACGACGAUGACGCCAUGGACUCUGACUUUGAGUUCGUCGCAGACGACGCUGGGGAGUUUGGCGAUGAGGAAUUCGAAGGCUGGGGAUUUGAAGGUGCUAAGAAGGGGAUGACCGAGAAGAAGGGUGUUGACCUGGAAGAGAUUAUUCGGCGACGAAGAGAAAAGAAGAAUGGGAAGGCCGGUGAGACUUUGGAAAAUGCCGACCAGGAAGCCGAGACUGAGGAUAACUUGGAGAUGGCUCUGGACGACGGCGAUGAUGAGGUGCUGGCCGAUGAUGCCUUUGGAAUGAAUGCAGACUCCGAGGACGAAGAGAAUGAGGAAGAAGCACACGGAAGCGGCGAUGGAGAGGACACAGAUGCCUCGGACAAGUCUGAUGCUGAUGAAGACGACCAUGAUGACGAUCGCGCUUCAGACGACGACUCUGUGGCUACGCCGGAGGCUCACCCUGAGGAUGACGCCUCUGAUGCCACCGACGAUGAAGAAGAUGCCGAGGAGCAAGCAAAACGAGACGAAUUCUUUGCUCCCGAAGAACGGCAAAAGUCGGACAAGAUAGUGGACCUCUCUUCCUUCCAAGGCAUGUCAUUGUCUCGGCCGAUCCUUCGUGGCCUCGCCGCUGUUGGUUUCACCAAGCCCACUCCUAUUCAGGCCAAAACCAUCCCUAUCGCGCUCAUGGGAAAGGAUCUUGUUGGUGGUGCCGUUACUGGUUCCGGCAAAACUGGUGCCUUUUUUGUUCCUAUUCUGGAGCGAUUACUCUUCCGCCCUAAAAAAAUCCCGACCACUCGUGUCGUCGUUCUCACCCCCACCCGUGAAUUGGCAAUGCAGUGUCACGAUGUGGGCACAAAGCUGGCUCGCUAUACUGACAUCAAAUUCUCCCUGGCUGUCGGUGGUCUCAGCUUAAAGGCACAAGAGGUUGAGCUUCGUCUGCGGCCUGAUAUCAUUGUUGCCACACCGGGAAGAUUUAUUGAUCACAUGAGGAACUCGGCCAGUUUCAACGUCGACACUGUCGAAAUCUUGGUUCUGGAUGAAGCCGAUCGCAUGCUGGAGGAUGGAUUCGCCGACGAACUGAAUGAGAUUCUCACAACACUGCCCAAAUCAAGACAAACCAUGUUGUUCUCGGCGACUAUGACCUCAACUGUUGAUAGUCUUAUCCGGGUUGGGCUAAACAAGCCAGUGCGGCUCAUGGUUGAUUCGCAAAAGAAGACUGUAACCACACUGGUACAAGAGUUUGUUCGACUACGACCAGGGAGAGAAGACAAGAGGAUGGGAUAUCUUGCACAUCUUUGUAAGACCUUUUACCAUGAGAGGGUCAUCAUUUUCUUCCGCCAGAAGAAGGAAGCUCACAGGGCGCGCAUCAUUUUUGGUCUGCUGGGGCUAUCAUGCUCCGAGUUACAUGGUAGCAUGAACCAAUCACAGCGUAUUUCUAGUGUUGAAGCAUUCAGAGAUGGUAAAGUGUCGUAUCUGCUGGCUACAGAUCUGGCUUCGCGUGGUUUGGAUAUCAAGGGCGUCGACACAGUCAUCAACUACGAAGCACCUCAAUCGCUCGAAAUUUACGUUCAUCGUGUUGGACGUACGGCUCGCGCGGGGCGAAAGGGCACAGCUGUGACUCUGGCAGCCGAGGGCGAUCGCAAAGUUGUCAAGGCUGCGGUCAAGGCUGGAAAGGCGCAAGGCGCAAAGAUUACGAGCAGAGUCAUCGCCCCCGCUGAUGCAGACAAGCUUCAAGAGGAAAUCGACGGCAUGGAAGACGAGAUUGACGAAAUUAUGCAGGAAGAAAAGGAGGAGAGGCAACUGGCACACGCAGAGAUGCAAGUGAAGAAGGGCGAAAAUUUGAUAGAACACGAGGCAGAAAUCAAGUCAAGACCCAAGAGGACUUGGUUUGAGACGGAGCACGACAAGAAGAAGGCCAAACAAGCUGGCAAGGACGAACUGAAUGGUUUGCGCGAGUCACUGAAGAAAAAGGGUAGCGGAAAGUUGAGUAACAAGGACAAGAAGACGCUUGACGCCAAAUCCAUGCGAUCAGAGGGGAGGUUAUGGAAGAAGGGCAAAGGGGAUGCCGAGGCGCACAAGGGCAAGGGCCCUGGGAAGGCGAAGGCGAAGGUGAAGGCAAAGGGUAAAGGCAAAGGCAAGCGGUAA